AUGACAGCAUCGAGUGCAACAACCAUACAAGCCAAUAACGCCGAGACCUUAUUUUAUGAAGAAGUGGAUAAACAUAUUAAUUCAUUAAGUGUCAAAUUUCGGCAAAAAUGUGUCAUCAAACAAAAUGUCUAUGACGAUAUUAUUAAAUGCUUAACAUUACCGAAAGGUAAACCAUCCGGCUUAUAUUCUUCAAAAUUUAUUUAUUGGGUAAAACAAAAUUUCAUUUUGAUGAAACUUUCUGGUAUUGAUAUUGGUUGUUGUAUUAAAUCGAAAAAGCCAAUUUGUAUUUAUGAAGCUUAUUAUAAUGUAAUAAGCGAAGGACAUGCUGCUGUUUCACAUGAAGGUCGUCAUAAAACAGCUUUCGAACUUAAUGCUCACUAUUCAUGGAUACCACGAUUUUGUAUCGAAAUAUUUUUAAAACAAUGUAUACCGUGUCAGACAAGAAAGCCGAUCAAACAACAUGUUAUCUCAAAACCAAUAAUAUCACUGGGAGUGAUGACGAGGCUUCAAAUUGAUCUUAUUGACAUGAGAACCAGGCCAGAUACAAUUGCUCCAGAUAUCAUUUAUAAUUGGAUAUUAAACUGUAUUGACCAUUACAGUAAAUUUUCUUGGGCAUUUCCCUUGAAAAAUAAAUCUGCUAAUGAUGUGGCAGUAAAAUUACGUGAAUUAUUUUUUUGUCUUCGGGCCACCACGAUUGCUUCACAAAGUCGACCACGUCAUCCACAAAGCCAAGGAUGUAUUGAAAGGGCCAAUGGAGUUUUAUGUGAUGCACUUGGUAAAUGGAUGGCAACGAAUAAUUCUUCACAUUGGUCAGAAGGUUUAUUGCCGGUGGUGUAUGGUAUUAAUACAAGAGUAUCAAGUAUUACCAAAACAGCUCCAUAUCAAGUAAUGUUCGGACAACCACCUCGUUCAGAUUCAGAAUUUUGGAAACUUGUUGAACAAAAUGGAAUUGCUGAUGAAGAAGAUUUACCAACACUAGUUGCUGAAUCAGAUGGCGAAACAAUGUACAAUAAACAAUUUGAUUCGAUUAAUUCUACUGAUGUUCUCGACAGUGAUGUGGUUCACAUUGUUCAAAAAUUAUCUGAUGAUGUUGUUUCGAAUUCAUUAAUUGAUAUUUCAUCACCACAACCAUCAUCAGCAAGACAUGAUCUUAUACGUAAAAUCGCGACAGAUAAUUAUUUAACUACUGCAAACAAACGAAUGAAACAAUAG